AUGGGCCGGUCUCGAGCUGUUCCUCACUCCGCCGAUGAAGAUUCCGGCCAAAGGUCAAAGAAGAAAAAGAGAGCUUCCAACGUCGAAAAUGUGGAAACUGUUACCGCAGCUCAAGGCAAGACAGAAGGGAAGGCUUUAUACCAUUGUAAUUAUUGCAAUAAGGACAUAUCUGGGAAAGUUAGCAUUAAAUGUGUCAUCUAUGCUGACUUUGAGUUUUGUGUGGAGUGCUUUUCAAUUGGAGCCGAGGUCCAUCCUCACAAGAGUAACUGGGCUGAAGUUGAUGAACAUGUUGAAACCAAGAGGAAAUCACAAUGUAUUGCGCACUACAAUGCUAUUUACAUGAAUUCUCCAUGCUUUCCUCUUCCGGACAUGUCUCAUGUUAUGGGAAAGAAUGGGGAAGAGCUCCUUGCCAUAGCCAGUGAACAUGGAGAAGUAAAGAUGGGAUAUUCCACUCCUGGGGGAGUUAAGGAUGAGUCUUUGCUUCCGGUGAAAAUCAAGUGUAUGGAUGAUCCAGCUGAUCUUCUACGUGGUAGUAUUGUGUCACGGGGUUGGAGAGACUUUGUCAUAGUCGUGGGUCUGGGGAAAGUCGUGGUGGGCAAUGAAUUUGUUGGAGGAGCUAAGCGGGCAUCAAGUCUCAAACAAAGUAAGGAUGAGCAUGAAGGAAUCAAGGUUGAAGAUGUUACAGGCCGGAGUUUUGGAGAGAAGAAACCGAGGACAUCUGAGGAUUACUGUAUCCUGAUAAUUUUGAAAAAGAACUUUCACGGGAAGAGAAAGACAUAUGCCAAUGCUAUAGAGUAUUUAUGCGAUUCCAUUCAAAAGAAGAGCAUGAGGAGUUACUUAGAAGCCUUGUUGAAGAAAAUCGAAAACCCUAAGGAUUUGACAAGAUUCACCGCAUACUGGAUAUCCGGACGAGUGAAAGGCCCCAAUUUGCCUCACUCAUUGAUGAGAAUCAUUGAAAAGGUGCUUUGUGUGGAACAAGAGCUUCAAAGCCUUAAGCAAGAGUUUUGGAGUAGUGACAUUGUUUAUGAAACCCAAGCUGAAUUGUAUGAACUUGUUCAAGAUGACAUGGAUGUUGAGUCUUAUAUUGCUAAGUUUGAGCAGUUGUGCUUGAAUGAUGAUGUGAAUGACUUAAGUGAACCUUACAAAUUACGUUGGUUGCAUGGUGGAAUGGAAUUGAGUGUUACUCAGAGUGUUAAGGUGGAUCUUCGCAUUGGAGAUCUUGUUUCGAACGAAGGUACAUUCGAGGAGGGUGAAUCGAGUGGUAAAGCUAAGUAUUCACCAAUGCCUUCUAAUGGGAACAAUGAGGUUGAAGAAGAAUCGCUUAAUCAUCAACAAGUGUAUGAGGAGUUAAGUGGUGAUUUCCCUAGCAAGUGGAAUGAUUCAAGUGAUGAAGAUUCCAGUGAUGUCCUAGAGAUUGAUGCAGAUGAGUAUGUUCUGAAGAGCAAGUAUCUUGAAGAGAUUGAAGAUAUACAUUCAAGUAUGUAG